AUGAACAUUACUCUCGACAACUUACCUGACGAUGUGCUGAUCUACACUGUAACAUUUCUUUCCAUUCCUGACAUCAUUCUCCUCCGCCAGACAUGGAAACGGUUCAACGUGCUCACAAGAUUACAUAUCGUCUGGACAAAUGCAUUCAAACUCGAUAUCCUCUCCAAAGACUACCCCGUUCCCAUCGAUGUCACCGAUCUCGAGCAGCGCAUGCACCACGCUUACCAACUCGCGUCUCGAUGGCUCGCAUCGGACUCGCCUCUGAUGCCAGCGAGCGAGAUAAGUUUUACCGGGUCGCCCGUAUCCGAAAUCAAACCAGGGCGACAACACAAGUGGCUCCUGGCCGGGCACAAGUGCUCCGUGUGGUCGCCAAGACGUGCAUUGUUCACUGGGGUGACGCUGAACACGGAUACAGAUUCUGAGGCGAGUAUGGCUGUGACGUUGGAUGGGAUCGCACUCCUGCAUCUGGACGACAAUGGAACACUGCAUGAAAUCCGCUCCUUCGACAUCGACCUCCGGCCUGUCACCCUCACUGGUGAUAUAAUAGGCCUCAGCGACGACUUCUCCAAGACAUUGAUCUAUAAUUGGAAGACGGACGAGCGAGCCUACCUCGAUGAAGGAGGUGACAUGCAGUACGACCAUUGCAUCGAAAUCUUCUUCACUGCACAAACCAUCCUCGUCAUCCGCGCACGCUCCAUCAACUUGUACACUACCCCGCCCUUCCUCCACGGACAAACACACUCCCCUAUUGCCUCCCACUCUUUCAGCUGGAUUGACAGCGCCAGUGCAACCCCCACCUCGAUCCUCAUCCGCUCCGAGAGUGACAAUCCCUGGGCAUCAGAGCUCAAUUCGUUCGAACUCUAUUCCCUCUCUUCCUUCCCGCCAACCCUCACCAGCAAAAUAUCAUCUCGACGGAGUGCACUUCGAUGCACAGAUGUUAUCCUCGGCAACCGUGGGACUGCAGUAUAG